AUGUCAGCUGGAGAUAUCACCGAGUCAGGUAAGGAAGUGCACAGAGGAAGGCAGGAGAGGUCACCGAGGAAGGCAGGAGAGGUCACCGAGGAAGGCAGGAGAGGUCACCGAGGAAGGCAGGAGAGGUCACCGAGGAAGGCAGGAGAGGUCACUGAGGAAGGCAGGAGAGGUCACCGAGGAAGGCAGGAGAGGUCACUGAGGAAGGCAGGAGAGGUCACCGAGGAAGGCAGGAGAGGUCACCGAGGAAGGCAGGAGAGGUCACCGAGGAAGGCAGGAGAGGUCUCUGAGGAAGGCAGGAGGUCACUGAGGAAGGCAGGAGAGGUCAGCGAGGAAGGCAGGAGAGGUCACCGAGGAAGGCAGGAGAGGUCACUGAGGAAGGCAGGAGAGGUCUCUAAGGAAGGCAGGUCACUGAGGAAGGCAGGAGAGGUCACUGAGGAAGGCAGGUCACUGAGGAAGGCAGGAGAGGUCACUGAGGAAGGCAGGUCACUGAGGAAGGCAGGAGAGGUCACUGAGGAAGGCAGGUCACUGAGGAAGGCAGGAGAGGUCACUGAGGAAGGCAGGAGAGGUCACUGA